GUUUCAGCGCGUUGCUCUACACCGUUUUGCUCUUAUCAAAAGGAAUUGCGUCUCAGUUUCCGAUUACAACCGUUCCCCAUUCAAAGCCAGUGGUCACGAUCUUUUCCGGUUUCAUCCUCUCAGAGAGCAUUGCGUGUAGUCAUUCUUCCCUCCUCUUCGGAAUAAUCCUCUCAGAGUCGAAGCCGUGAUUCUUCCAUCCAUUAUGGUUGACGCCUGGUCUUAUUCUUCCCUAUUCUGAGGAGUCACUGAACCAGAUAUUAAGGCGAGGUUUCAAGAAAUGAAUAGUUCGUGGAAGAAAUACGAGCUCAUAUUUCUCGGCAUCUAUGGCGUCGCUUUUUAUAUCAUUAUCAUCUGUCGAUCUCUUCAGCUCUCUCAUGAUCACUUGGGAAGGCUUUUCGGUUUGCGACGUGGAUGGAUUGCAAAUCUUCCAAAUGAUUUGUCAGAUUCUCAAUGGAGAAACUUCCGUGGAAACUUGCCUGUUCUUACUCUUGUUAUGGCGAUCUUCAUAUUGGUGGCAAAUAUUUUGAGGGCAAAAUAUUGUUUAAAAUUGAAGGGAAUGUCAAUUGUUUGGCUUUCGCUUUCUUUGAGUUAUUUGUCAUAUCUUCAUGGAGCUUGUGUAAUAUUCAUCAUUUCAAUUGCCUCAGCUAACUUUUUUCUAGUAAAGAUAUUUUCACAAUCUAAAUACUUCCUACUUAUGCUUUGGAUAUUCAACAUUUUCGUUCAUCUGGGCAACCGUGUUUAUGAAGGAUAUUCAUUCUCCAUAUUUGGGCAAAAUUUGGCUUUUCUGGACAACUACCGUGGCACCUUUAGAUGGCAUAUUUGCUUUAACUUUGUUAUCUUGCGCAUGAUAAGCUAUGGAUAUGAUUAUUAUUGGGCACAACAGGAUUCUUGCUUUGAUCAAAAGAAGCACAUUCAUCGUUGCCAUAUUUGUUCCUCAGGAAAAAUUUGUUACCUACUUCUGCAGGAGAGGAGUGUCGACAUAGAUAAGUUCUCACUUCGCAUUUACCUAUGUUAUUUGGUAUAUGCUCCCCUGUACAUUGCUGGACCAAUUAUAAGCUUCAAUGCAUUUGCUUCACAGUUAGAUAUACCGCAGAGAAAUUAUUCUACCAAACAGGUGGUUUGGUAUGGGUUCAGAUGGGUCCUCAGCCUUUUCCUCAUGGAACUAAUGACACAUUUCUUCUAUUAUAAUGCUUUUGCAACCAGUGGCAUGUGGAAACAAUUAUCUCCUUUGGAGGUCUCCAUCAUUGGAUAUGGGGUCCUUAAUUUUAUUUGGCUUAAAUUUUUUCUAAUCUGGCGCUAUUUUCGGUUUUGGGCAUUGGUUGGAGGUGUUGAGACCCCUGAGAAUAUGCCACGAUGUAUUAAUAAUUGCUAUGACUUGGAAAGCUUUUGGAAAAAUUGGCAUGCUUCCUUCAACAAAUGGCUUGUCAGGUACUUGUACAUUCCUCUUGGUGGUUCUCGCAAAAAGCUACUCAAUGUGUGGGUUAUAUUCACGUUUGUAGCAAUAUGGCAUGAUUUAGAAUGGAAACUUAUUUCAUGGGCAUGGUUAACAUGUUUAUUCUUUAUCCCUGAAAUAAUUAUGAAAUCGGCAGUUAAUGCACUUCAGGCUAAGGAUGCAUUUAGGGAGUUUGUUCUUCGUGAACUCAAUGCAGUUACUGGUGCUAUUACUAUUACUUGCCUCAUGGUUGCCAACUUUGCUGGUUAUGUUGUUGGACCAUCAGGUGUCAAAUGGUUGAUUUCUCGGUUCCUCCAGAAAGACGGAUUACCUGUUCUUGGUGGCAUGUUUGCGACAUUUUAUCUUGGGACCAAGCUUAUGUUCCACAUUCGUGAUGCAAGGCAGAGGUCAUUUUUAAAGGUCAAUCCAAAAACUUGAGCUGGAAAAUCUAAAUUUGGGGUCAGUUUCAAGUAACUGAUGGUUUGUUAGAGCGUUGAAGCACACAUGGCAGACAUAUUGGGUCUCAGACAUAGCUAGGAGACCUCCAUGUUUGGAAUGGGUCCCAAUUGUCAGAUUGAGACCUUACAAUCUAAUGGUUCCUUUUUGGAACGUCAGAAUUUUGGCAGAGUCCAGAGAAAAUGCCCAUGCUACUGAUGGUUUAAUUAUCCAAGUGGAUCAGCGUAGCCUGCAAAAUUUCAUUAUUGGAAUAUGUUGAAUGGUUGUUCCUGACUAAUCUUUCUGCCACAGAUAGGGGCAGCUGCAUUUUCAGUUUAGAUUCUUUCUAUAAACAAUUUGACUUCCAUUUCUGAAACAUUUGUUGAUACCAAUUUUCUGUUCCUGUUCAGAAAAGUGAGAAAUUAAAUGAACUUUACUUACCAA